AUGCCGCCGUCGCCGCCCAGCCGAGCCGCCGCUGCCAGCCCGCCGCCAGCCGGCAGCGCCUCACAAAGCCCCCGUCCCUCGUCGGCCGAGGCGCCUCAAAUCCGCGCCAAGCCAGCCGCGCCGCCGCCUCUCGUGGCCGCAAAGUCGGCGAUCGACGUCUUCCGAAAGCUGCGUGGCUUCGUGCGCCGCACCUCGUCCGAGCGCGUCAGCCCUCCCGACUCCGAGCUCGACGAGGGUUCCUCCACCUCUUUCAACGAGCUCUCGGCAGAGCGCACGUGGGAGAGACUAUCGCGAGCGCCUGCGCCGAACCUCGCCCCUCCCGACGCCCUUCCGGUGGACCUGGGCGUGGGCAACGGGACGGAGUGGACACGCAUCGGCGGCGGCGACUACGUCACCACCUGCACGCACCGCGCCACGCGCCGCAACGCCUGCGUCAAGGCGACUCGCGAUGCGGCCGCCGCGGGCCGAGAGGCGCAGCUUUUGAGCAAGGUACGCUCCCCCGCGGUGCCCGAGCUGCUGGGCAGCGCGACCUUCGGUUCGUGGCACUACCACGCCGUCGCCCUGGCCCCGGAUCACCUCCCGUGGCUCGACGGCGACUGGAUCCCGAGGAUCGCGCGCGCGGCGCUCGACGACGCCACGUCAUCCGAGGAGGACGAGGAGAGCCUCGGCUGCGCGCGCUCGUGGCUGGGGCUCGACCCCGCGGUGCGGAGGGAGGACGUCGCGGCGCUGCUCUCCCCCCCUCUCACCGCGGCGCAGCGAGCGGUGAUCUUGCGAUGA